AUGGGGAUCAAGACACGGCUUUUCAUAAUCUCUGACACACAUGGUGGAGUAUUCAACGUUAAUGAUGCUCAAAGAGCAGAUGUCGUUAUCCACUGUGGUGAUUUGACUAAGGAGUCAAAGAUCGACGAAUAUCGUAACACCCUCGAUCUACUACGACGAGUUCCUACUCCUCUAAAACUGAUCAUUUCUGGAAAUCAUGACUUGACACUUGACGAGCCAACAUUCAGAAAGCAAUUAUCGAAAACAACACAGCCUAUCGAGCCAGGACUGGUCAAAAGCAAAUUUGAAGAUUAUGGCGAACCAAGACGGCUUUUUGAUGAAGUAAGGGAAGCCGGCAUUGUGUUGCUAGACGAGCGCAACUACGAGUUUGCGCUGCAGGAUGGUGCCCUCUUGAGAAAUUUUGCCAUUGCUGACAGUACGCAUGUUGCCAUUACACAUGGCCCACCCCAUGGAGUCAUGGACUAUAUGGAUGCCAAACAGAGAGUGGGUUGUUCUCAUCUGUUUGGUGCUAUUGCUCCGGCAAAACCUUUGCUGCAUUGCUUCGGCCAUGUUCACGAAGGAUGGGGUUUGCUAACUGACUUGGUUCAGAACUAA